AUGGCGCAUUCGCAUCCAUUAAGAAUGUCUAUAACUCGUGAAGCGGGAACGCGGGACUCCCCCGAACUCCGCGGUACCGAGAAGCUCGCGAUGGCGCUUUCCGCCCCCACGAUCUCCGCGCCCGCGCUUUUCCGCACGCUGGCGCUCGCGCCGAGCGUUACGGCGCUUUCUCUGGAAGCAUACGCCGUCGAUAUUUACGACGACGAGUUUCUGUCUAGCCUGCUUUCCGCGCGGCCCCAGCUCGCCCGCCUGAGCAUCGGCUCCCCCCGCUUCACCGGAACGCCCCACUUUCGAAUCGGCACAGAAGCUGUCGAGAAUUUCUUCCGCGUCGCGUCGUCGUGCCUGCAGGAGCUCUCGCUGCGCGAAUGUCUCGGCCACACGACGAAGCUCCCUGCCUCCGUCGCGUCGCUGUCGUCGCUGCGCGUGUUUCGCCUGUGCUCCAAGGUUUUCCGCUCGCUGCCCGACGAGAUAUGCCAGCUGUCUGCCCUGCAGGAACUUUAUCUCACUUGCCCAUUGCUGCAGCAGCUGCCCAGAAAAAUUGGCCAGCUAACGAGGCUGGAGCACCUUUCGUUUACGGGCUGCAAAGAAAUGCGGCGCCUGCCGGAUUCGCUCGGCGAUCUCUCGUCGCUCACCUCUCUCCACAUCGACGGCGCGUGGCAGGUGGAUCGCCUCCCGCCUCGCAUCGGCGCGCUGCAGCAGAUGCGGCGACUGGACCUGCGGAAUUUCCGAGGCGGGUUACCAGAGGCAUGCGAAAAUUGGGCGAAACUCGAGCAAGUCACUCUGGCUUCGUGCACCGACAUGCGCAGUUGCCAGCUCGCGUCCGUGCACUCGCUCACGCAUCUCACGAUCAGCGCCUGCCGGGAGCUCCAGUCGCUCCCGGCCAACCUGCCCUUCGCGACGGCAUUGCGUCAUCUAACGCUCGAUCAUCUCGGUUUCGACGUGUCCCUCGAGCCGCUAAGCGGGCUGGUAGCUCUAGAGCGGCUGCACGUGUCAAGCGUCGACCGGGAGGAGCGCUUUCCCGAGGCUCUCUUCGCGCUGCCGUCCUUGGCGCACGUGAAAUUGCGCAACGUCGGGUGGCUCGAGCCGCCCGACGUGACGGAUAUGGAGAACUCGAGGGAGGUCGCCGCCGCAGCGGACACAGCCGCUGCCGCAGCAGCCACUUUCGCAGCAGCAGGAGGUGCGGCAGGUGAUACCACUUACCACGUGGAGCUCAGCCCGUCUCUGAAGAAUCUCAGUAUCCGCCUGGGCAGGACUCUUGAAGAGAUGCUAGGGUACGGCAGGCAAGGCAUCCGUACGCUCUCCUCUCGUCUCUGCUCGCUGCUCUCCCUCGCGCACCUCUCGAUCGACUGGCUCUCCGCCUCCGCUAGACUCCCCUCCAACCUGGGCUCCCUGCGCAACCUGCGCUCGCUCUCCCUCCGCGGCACCUCGCUCUGCCUGCCGCACUCGCUCUCGCGCCUCGCUCCGUGCCUGCACUCCCUCAAGCUGCACUACAGCGGCGCCAGUGACGCGGACGCCUUUCACCGGAAUCUGCCGCCCUGUCUCCCGCUUCUCACCUCCCUCACAAACCUCCGCCUUCACAACAUGUACCUGCCGUUGUCCCCUCCGCCUGCCUUUGCCCGCCUGCCUUUGCCCGCCUGCGCGCCCUCCGCACGCUACGCAUAG